ACGCGAGAAGGGCGGGCGGGGGCGGCGCGCGGGGAGGGCGGGGGCGCGCGCGGCGCUGGUGGCGCUGGCUGCACGCGCCUGUCCCCGCACGGCUCGCGGCAGCGGCAGCAGCGGAGCCACCGGCGCGCACGGCGAUGCCCGCUCUGCUCCCGCCGCUGGCCGCCCCCUGAAGACACCCCUCUCUAUUUCCCCCCUUCUCCAGCGACCUCAGGUUCUUUCCCCCCCUUUUCCUCCUUUCCCCCCCCUUCUAUUUCCCUCCCCCCCCUCCCCCGCCUCUUUAUCCUUUUUUUUGCGACCCUCCGCACCCUUCCCGGUCGCCGUGUGGAUGCGGCCCGGGGUGCCUGGCUGCGCGGGUGGCGAGAGCAGAUGCUGAGGGGCCGGAGGAGGAUGGAGUGCACCCUCGAUGCGCAGAGUUUGAUCAGUAUUUCCCUGCGGAAGAUCCACAGCUCCCGCACGCAACGAGGCGGCAUCAAGCUCCACAAGAACCUGCUCGUCUCCUAUGUGCUCCGCAACGCCCGGCAGCUCUACCUGAGCGAGCGCUACGCCGAGCUCUACCGCCGCCAGCAGCACUACCCCGACGGCGCCCCGCUCCUCGCCAUGCCCGCCUGCCCGCCGCCCGCCGCCGCCCCGCCGGAGCUGGCGGUGCUCCCGCUGCCCGCCGACACGCAGGACCGCGAGGCGCGGAGCUGCGCGGUGGUGCGGGGCGGUGCGGAGCUGCUGGAGGUGCCGGUAUGCGCGGCGCCCCCGGAGCUGCAGCGAGCGCCUUGCAGAGACUCGUCCCCGGGCUUCUACCGGGCUACCGGCAGUGCCGGUCCCGGCGGCGGCAGCAGCAACAGCGCGGCCCCGGGGCUGCUUUACGCCGCCGGUUGUGACUUCGGGAGCGGUGGGGCGCCGCACUGUAGCAGCCGCACCACGGUGCUGGAUUUGGACACUCACGUCGUGACCACGGUGGAGAACGGGUACUUGCACCAGGACUGCUGCUCGCAGUGCCCCUGCUGCUGCCAGCCGGCACCGGGGCUCGCCUCCCCGCCGCCCACGCCGGGCACCAAGCGCAAGUAUUACCCGGGGCAGGAGGAGGAAGAGGAGGGGGUGGAGGAAGGGGAGCCGGGGGGAGGCGGGGUGGCGGGCGGCCCCCCCUUCGCCCCGUGCACCAAACGCGCCCGUUUCGAGGAGUACAGCGCCGAGCACCCCCAGGACUCUUCCAACAUCUCCAACUUGAUCUCCAUCUUCGGCUCCGGUUUCACGGGGCUGGUGAGCCGGCAGCAGGCGGACUCGGAGCAGCCCCUCAACGGGCAGCUGUGCAGCAAGCAGGCGCUGGCGAGCCUGGGAGCCUGGACUCGGGCCAUCGUCGCGUUUUAGAGAGGAGCGGGGAGCAAAGAGGGGAGGGGGGGGUUGCAAAACGGGGGUGCGAUCCGAGGGACAGCGGCUCCGGAGAGGGGGGACCCUGAAACAAAGGCGAGGGGGGGGUUGGGACGAGGGGAGGGGGGGUGGGGGGUGCUGAGGGGUGCGCAGGGGAGGUGGGAGGGCAGAGCCACGCUAGUGUUUUAUAAAUUGUACAAUAAAGAAAAAAAUAAUUAAGAUCUUGGGACUUUAUUUUUGCAGAGAUGAGAGAAAAAAACAACAAAAAAAAAUAAGCAAACAAAACAAACAAACAAAAAAAAACAACAA